GGCCGCUCCCCGGGCCGGGGACUCGCUUAGAGAAUGGCCGCGGCUACCUGCGGCUCUCCCGGAGUGACAGCUCCCGGGUCCCGGGCCGCGGAGCUCUCCCAGCCACCGGGCCGAAGGCGGCGGGGGACGGACUCCCGCCGGAGACAAGCCGCUCUUUUUUUCCUCAAUAACAUCUCCCUGGAUGGGAGACCCCUGUGUCCGGCUCCCCAGCCAGCCUGGGAGGGCCCCGAGCAGCCUCCCGGCACCCCAGCCCCUCAGCCCGCUCCAACCAACGGCCCACGGGUCGUGCUGCCCAGGGAGCCUUGCCAGGCCGAGGAGGGACUCAGGGGAAAGGUUGGACUGUACACCCCAAGCUCGGUGGCCUCGCCGGGAUUCCUUCAGCCACAGAGCAGCCUGACCGGGGACAAACACAGAAAACGCCACCUUUCUCAUAGAGGGUCCUUGGAGCUCGCAGACGACUGGCCAGAGCCCGCUGCCAAUCAGAGGUCAAAACAUCCCCCCGAGUCUCCACGACAAUCUGUGUUGAGGAAAAUCCACUUCAUUAAAAGCAUGCGGCAUUAUGACACCCGGAAUAGCAGAAUAAUCCUCAUCUGUGCGAAAAGGUCAAUGUGCGGAGCGUUUUCUGUCAUCCCUUAUGGCGAGAGCCUUCAUAUCAGUGAUUUGCGAGUGGAGGGGACCAGGCAGCGGCAUGCUUCUGGGGGAGUCGCUUCCUCAUGCGAUACAGUAUUCGGUAUAGAAGGUGUAGAACUCGGUGCUGAGGGGCAGGUGGUUUCUUAUGCAAAAUAUUUAUACCCCACAAAUGCUCUUGUCAGCCAAAAAAAUGAGGGGCAAGCUCCUGUCCCGACACACAGAGUCAGCUCCCAUGAACCAACCAAACGAAAUGUCUCUUCGGCAAGGUAUCCAACGAUGGCAUCCGGAGCAGAGCUGGGUACAGGAGAAGCAGAAGCUGUAGAAUACAACCCUAAUAUUCUUGAUGACCCGCAGUGGCCUUGUGGAAAACACAAGCGUGUUCUCAUCUUUGCUUCCUAUAUGACUACUGUGAUUGAAUACGUGAAGCCGUCCGACCUGAAAAAAGAUAUGAAUGAAACAUUUAAAGAAAAGUUCCCCCAUGUGAAACUGACCUUGAGUAAGAUCAGGAGCUUGAAGCGUGAGAUAAGGAACGUAGCAGUGGAGUGUAAUCUGGAACCGGUUACUGUGGCCAUGUCUUACGUCUACUUUGAGAAGCUAGUCCUGCAGGGCAAGGUGAACAAACAGAACCGGAAGCUGUGUGCCGGAGCGUGUGUUCUGCUGGCUGCCAAGAUCAGCAGUGACUUUAAGAAACCAGAGUUGAAGCAUCUGCUGGAUAAGUUAGAAGAACGCUUUAGAGCCAAUAGACGAGACCUGGUUGGGUUUGAGCUGACUGUUCUUGUUGCUAUGGAGCUAGCGCUCUACCUCCCUGAGGCCCAAGUAUUACCUCACUUCCGGCGUUUGACGAAGAAGAAGUAGCUGUGACAUCACCACGUGCGGGCUCGUGCUGCACAUCUUUUAUUCUCUGGUUCUGUCUU